CCGUCCUAAAGAGGUUUGUCCUCUUCGCCCUGCCGUAGCCGGGCUCCUCCCCUGUUUGCCCGAGCGGACGCGUGCCCGUGUGAGGGAAACAGUUGCCGUUGUCGAAGUAGCAGUAGCAGCAGCCGCAGGGCGGGCGUGUGUGUGAGCGCGCGCGCCAGUCCCACCGCCGCCUCCUCCUCCUCCUCUCUUCCCUCGCGCGCUCUCGGCCAUGUUGGCGGCCGCUCAGCUCCUCCGCCGUUGUGGGCCUGCCGCCCGCGGCCUUGCGCCCAGGGCCUCCCCCUCAGCAGCAGUAUCACCCGCACGCGGCUAUUCUCAUCAUCAGGAGACGGAUGAAGAGUUUGAUGCUCGCUGGGUAACAUACUUCAACAGACCAGAGAUUGAUGAUUGGGAGCUGAGGAAAGGUGCAAGUAUGAUAUUUCAAUAUGAUCUGGUCCCAGAACCAAAAAUCAUUGAAGCUGCUUUACGGGCAUGCAGACGACUAAAUGACUUUGCUACUACAGUCCGUCUCUUAGAAGCUGUAAAGGACAAAGCUGGACCUCACAAGGACAUAUAUCCAUAUGUCCUCCAGGAGCUUAGACCAGUUAUUAAUGAAUUGGGAAUCUCAACUCCAGAGGAACUUGGUCUGGACAAACUGUAAAGUUUAUAGAUGAGUUUUGAUGAGUGCAUUGUUAAUGCUACCUGACCAUACAACAAUUGCCUGGAGACAGACAAUUACUAUAUUACUUAUUGGAAAUUAUUUCUGCCUUUUAUUGAGUCCUGGAGUAUGCAUUGUGAAGCUGGACCUAAUAAAGGGGAACUGGUUUGAACUGAA